AUGGUCGACACCUUGCACCCGCCCCCUUCAGUCAUUGCCACCUGGCCGAAACCGAACUAUGUCGAUCCCGAUACCAGAGGCCCCGGGCUCAUUUAUAUUUGCAUUGUUUUCGGCGCCAUUGGCAUCAUAACCGGCAUGGCCAGACUAUAUUCGCGACUGUUCAUCACCAAGGCGCCCGGACUGGACGACCUCCUCGUGAUGAUCGCGCUUGGCUUCCUUACGGCCCUCACGGUCCUCGUCAUCAUAGGCAACAAAGACUUCUACAGCGGCCGGCACGUCUGGGACAUCCCGCCCAGCAGCUUCGUCGGCGGCCGCAUCAACAUCUGGGCCAGCCUGUGGUGCUAUGUGAUUGGCAUCACGCUGAUUAAGAUCUCCGUGCUGCUGUUCUACCGCCGACUGAGCGUCAAGUUCAGCAAGGCCUUCCUGAUCGCCACGUGGAUCGGCAUCAUCUACAACUUCUUGUACUUUGUCUCCUUUGGCCUCACGCUGCUGCUGCUCUGCCGCCCGCUGCACGCCUACUGGGACAGCUUCAACCCCGUCUGGGCCGCGACGCACCACUUCCACUGCGCGUCCGAGAAUGCCGCCCUCCCGGCGUCCUCGGCGUUCAGUGUCGCCGGUGACUUUUACAGCACCCUCCUGCCCCUGAUUCUGGUGUACUACCUCGAACUGCCGCGGCGGCAGAAGUUCGCGCUGUACGCGCUCUUUGCGCUCGGCUUCAUGGCCGUCGCAGCGGGCGUGGUGCGCACGGUGCUGAUGUAUAAACUCCUGAACGUCGACUACGACUUCACCUGGGAGCUGUGGCUGACGUGGGUAUGGGCCGUGGUGGAACUCUACCUGGCGCUCUUCGCGGCCAGUGCGCCCAGCUUGAAGCCUUUCUUCCAGCACUUCUUCGUCGACUCGAUCAGCAGCUUUGCCCGGAGUUCGCGGCGGCAGCGCGACUACGGCCAAACGAGCGGUCCCGGGCAUGAACUUCCAGCAAAGGACGUCGAGCAGGGCAUGUACGGGACGGAGGGCCACCACCAGCACCAGCACCAGCACCAGCACCAGCAGCACCCGAACCGUCAGAGACCCGACGUCGACAGGGGGACGAAUCGACUCACCUGGAUCACCAGGGACGAAAGGUCCGUGUCCCAGCAGAGUUGGUUUCGAGGGGACACAUCCACCACGGGCGGGGACGGGACGAGACAUCUCGAACUCCGUCCCACGGAGGACGGCAAGAAGAUGAUCCCCAUGCGGGUGUACAGUCGAGACGUCCGUGGUGGCGUUGCCGAGUCCGAGUACUCGUCCAGUGGCGCCUCGGGAGCGACUGCCAACCCCUUUUCAGACACCGACACCGACACAAACACAGUCAGGGAGGCGCUGGAUCGGGACCGGGACCGGGAACGCGAGAGAUCGGACUCGAAUCUGACCAUGACCGCGCUGCCGCAGUCGCGGCACGAUUGGCCGUUGCCUGCCCUGGGGUCCGAACCACAGCAUCAGCCGCGCGAGUUUCUGGCCAACCCUCGUCUGUCCAUGUAUGAUAGGAAUAUAUGA